UUUUAUCAUUUCUGAUAUUGUGGAUUUAAUGUGUAAACAAAUUACGAUUAUUAUUAUUACAAAAAGUAUCACCAGGUUGUGAAUAGGUAAUUUGCAGUCAUAAAAUAAUCUGAAGGAACAUGUAAUGAAUGUUAACGAAAAUUAUUAUGAUGCUCUUAAUAUUGUAAAAUAUUUAAAUACUUUCUAUAUAUUUCUAGUAUUUCAUAUUACAUUUGGAAGUUAAUUAUCAUCAUUUUAGAAAAAAAUAAUUAAAAUCACACUUUGUCGUUCAUAUAAUCCCAUGUAUAGAAUUAGAUCGCGUAGAUGUCGCUAAAUUCGCAUGAGUGGUGUGUAUUGUCGGACGAAUUGGUGUAUAGAAUGUUGGUUCAUAUAUGAAAUUGUGAUAAAAAAAGACAAAGUAUGAAUUGGAACGAUUGUUAAACGAUAAUGUUCAUUUGAAACAUAUUUUAUUAUUAAAGAAGUUCUACGGGCCUGGGCAGACUAGGCGGCUACCUAGGGCCCCCAUAAGACGAUUUUGCGUCUAACAAAUUUUCGUUCAUCGAUAAGUACGGAAUUUCCAAGCAGAUUCUACAGACAAGACAAAUGAAUAUGCUACACGCGUUUCUUAAGAGAAACCACGCAAAUACUUUGCGAUUAUAAAGUCAUGGGUGCCGUGUCUUGUAUGGACUUCAAAUUACUGUUACUAAAAAGACAAUAAUUUCUCUUGUCGAUAAUAAGCAAUUUCAACUGUGCUUUAAUAAUUAGGAUUCAUUGAAUGUAAUAUGUUAUUUCUAAUAAUUACAAUUGUAAUCACGUAAUAGAGCCAAAAUUUGCGUGAGAUGUGUCAGUCCAUCGUGACGAGGAGAACGAUUUCCGUGAAUCACUGGUCUCUUCUGUUGUAUUUAAAAUAGUUCCGGGAAUGGUGAACGUUAUUUGAAGCUGUCCGUAAUAAGAUUUCCAACUAAACUGUUAUUCGUUGUUUAUACAUAUGCAUGACACCCAUUUGGUAACCGCGUAUAUGCGUGAACGAUGAAAAUCGUUCGAAAAGCUCUAAAUCAACAUUGGCGGUUUCCGGAUAUUUCAAAUACAUUUUCACAAAUUCCAUGAAGCUAUACACCUGCUGAAAAGCAUUGUGAAAUGCAUUUUUCUCUAGGAUAAUUUAAAAACGCAUCUUCCUUGAAUGCUUAAUCAAUGUUUGCAUUCUUGUCUUCCUAAUGCUCGUAAAACUACUUUGUUAUCAGCUAUUAUAACGGUUUGCCGCUGUGCUACUUGCGAGCAGUAUUGCAUAACACUAUUCCCAAUAAAUUUCGUAAGCCAACUCGUAUGUUGGUUUAACAGUGAUUUGGAGACGGCUGGUUCGCGCGCAUUUAUCUUGUGAUCACGAAGGAGUAAAGAAGUGCAUUGGUUUAAGGAUUCACGGAUGAUACGGGUACCAAAGGUAACAGGUAUAGCUGCGUGAAAGGAGAGAGAAAGAGAAAAAGAGACGAAUACAGCCGAAUCUAGUCGGAACAAGACGAUCGUUUUCUGAAGGGUCGAUCAGGUUGCUGGAGCGUGAGCGCAGCUGUUGGUCGGCGAGCGCCGCACUGUCAGUAUCGUUUCUGUUGUUUUCUUUUCUAUCUUUUUUAAAUUUCGGGUACCAAGUUGUAUUGCUUUUUCGUCAGAGCUAGGUGAAAGAUCUAUUUCUAUUUCAGAGAGAAAGAUUUUAAGACAAAAGUUAUUCAGUAAUUCGAUUGAUAAGUUGUAUUUAAUGUAUUGGUUAUGAUUUAAAUAUUUACUUAACACAGUCAUGUAAAUAAGAAGUUUUAUUACUUUUUUUAUACUGUUUCGUACAAGCCUUUUUUGAAUGUUCGAAAAAAGAGGGGAAAAAGCGGACACGCGAUAUACAUGCGAUACGUGACCACGUGUACAAUACGUCAAGAGGUCCAUCGAAUUGCUGUGUGCGCCUUACCGAGGUUGUAAAUAGCUGUUGAGGAAAACAAGAAACAUGCUGACGCGGUUGUUCGAAAUUCACGGCCGGUUCUGUGCCGGUCAUCCCUUGGAAGUGAUUGUCACGACCUUCACGCUCACAGCAUGCAUCCUGAACAUGGAGACCGGAAGCGUGCAGUCGCGGGAUAGAGCUCUUCCUGUGUCCUCGCAUUGUCGAGCUGGCCGAUGUAAUUCGGACGACCUAAAUGCAGCUGAUAUUAUAGUCAUGACUAUAAUAAGAUGUCUAGCAAUACUGUUCACCUACCACCAGUUUCGCAAUCUUCAAAAAUUGGGUUCAAAAUAUAUUUUAGGUAUCGCAGGCCUAUUUACAGUAUUUUCCAGUGUUGUGUUCACAUCCAGCGUGGUGAAUUUUGGCCGUAGCGAAAUUUCGGAUUUGAAGGAUGCAUUGUUCUUCUUUCUGCUUAUCAUUGACCUUUCAAAGGCCGCUAUAUUAGCACAGCUGGCUCUAAGCUCAAGGAACCAAGAGGAAGUGAGAGCUAAUAUUGCUCGUGGGAUGUCGUUGUUAGGACCAACUAUUACAUUAGACACAUUAGUGGCAACUCUACUUAUUAGUAUAGGAUCUUUAUCCGGUGUUAGGAGAUUAGAGAUCCUAUGCAGUUUUGCUUGUCUCGGUGUCGUUGUUAAUUAUGUUGUUUUCAUGACUUUCUAUCCUGCGUGUUUAUCGCUCAUCCUUGAACUGUCUCGUGGCACUAACAGUAUAAAACCGUUAAGCGCGGAUAAGAUUUUCAUGAUGCAUCCAUUGAACGAAGAGGAUCAAAAGCCAAAUCCGGUAGUAGAACGGGUUAAAUUAAUCAUGAUGGCUGGCCUAUUUGUGGUACACGCUAACAGUCGUUGGCCUUUUAAAAAUGAAGAAAGCGAACACACGGUAGAAGGCAAAGCGUCGCCAACAAAUUCGCAUAUCAUAGCAAAUUCGUACAACAAAACAGAAAGUUCUUCGGAGGUGAAGGAAUACUUGAUGAAUUGGCUGUCAGUUAGUGCAGAUAAUAUUGUGAUACUGAUCCUUCUUCUCGCGCUUGCGAUCAAAUUCAUUUUCUUCGAGGAUAAAGGAGAUAUCGCUAAGCAAUUACGAUUCAAAGAAGAGGACGAUACGGAUGAAAAAGUUGAAAGUGAAUAUGCUACUAGUGAAAAUAUGAAUACAGCUACUAUGAAUAUGUCACUGCGACAACGCUUUGGUGAUUCAAUGCCCCCGAUGCGGUCAGCCGUUUUUCCCUUGUCAGGCGUGGGUGGUGGUUGGAUCGACGUUGACAAUGAAUAUCAGAUGGAGUUCAUCGACAAGGAAGUGCAAACUGAUGUAAAACAAUUUAGUGCGGAUACAUUGAGCACUGAAAGUCUACCUUUACAAUCGAAAGUUCCUAGAUCCUUAGAAGAAUGUCUUGAAAUAUACAAGUCUGAACUUGGCGCAAGUGGAUUAACAGACGAAGAAGUGAUUCAAUUAGUAAAAUCCAAGCAUAUAACUGCUUAUCAGUUGGAAAAAGCAGUUGGGGAUAUGGAGAGAGGUGUUGGAAUCAGACGUCUCAUAAUUGGGGAAGCUGGAAAGUUCACUGAAAAUCUAUCGGACUUACCGUAUAAAGAUUACGAUUAUAGUAAAGUGUUAGGAUCAUGUUGCGAGAACGUUAUAGGAUACGUACCAGUGCCGCUUGGAAUUGCUGGCCCAUUGUUAGUUGAUGGCGAAUUGUACCAUGUACCAAUGGCAACGACUGAAGGAUGUUUAGUAGCAUCGACGAAUCGUGGAAGUAGAGCAUUAUUAAAAUGUGGCGUAACGAGCCGUGUAGUGGCUGAUGGAAUGACCAGAGGACCGGUUGUAAGAUUUCCAAAUAUCGUUAGAGCCAGUGAAGCUAUGGCAUGGAUGCAGGAUCCUGAGAAUUUUGAAGAAAUGAAGGACAGUUUUGAUUUAACCAGUCGAUUUGCUAGAUUGACGAAAAUUCAAGUACGCAUCGCUGGUAGACAUUUGUUUAUUCGCUUUGUGGCAACAACUGGCGAUGCAAUGGGAAUGAACAUGUUGUCCAAGGGGACAGAAAAGUCACUAAAUACAGUGAAGGUACACUUUCCUGAUAUGGAAAUAUUAUCACUGAGCGGUAACUUUUGCACUGAUAAAAAGCCAGCAGCUGUAAAUUGGAUUCAGGGUAGAGGUAAAAGUGUCGUUUGUGAAGCAGUAGUACCUGCAGACAUUGUUACUAAUGUGCUGAAGACAUCAGUCCAUGCCUUAGUUGAUGUGAAUAUAAGUAAAAAUAUGAUUGGUUCUGCUGUAGCUGGUAGCGUAGGUGGUUUUAAUGCUCAUGCUGCCAAUAUUGUAACUGCAAUUUUUAUAGCUACGGGUCAGGAUCCUGCACAGAACGUCGGUAGUAGUAAUUGCAUGACUUUGAUGGAACCAUGGGGAGCAGAUGGUUCGGAUUUGUAUGUGUCUUGUACAAUGCCUAGCAUAGAAAUAGGUACAGUCGGAGGUGGAACUGGUCUUCCUGCACAGGGUGCUUGUUUAGCUAUAUUGGGUGUUAAGGGCCCGCACGCCAACCAACCUGGUGAAAAUGCUAGCAGAUUAGCUAGAAUCGUAUGCGCUACAGUGCUUGCUGGCGAACUUUCAUUAAUGGCAGCCCUUACAGCUGGUCAUUUGGUUAAAAGUCACCUCAGGCAUAACAGAUCGUCUACCAUGGUAACAAACGCAAUGACUGUUUCUCAAAAUAAUAUGGGAGAUAAACUAACUGUGCCAAAUGUUUUACAACCUGUACAAAACGUUUGUAAAGAUUUUGUAGAGAAGUCUUAGCAAUAGUUAUGCAUAAACGGCUUGGGUUAGGUCUUCUUGAUUUUUAAAUAGAAUACCGUGUACAUGCUA